AUGGCACACCGCUACAUCUUCGAGAUGAUCGACAGAUCCCUCCGGGAUCUCAUGAAUAGUAGUGUUCCAUUCGGGAAUAAGAUCUUCAUCUGCUCCGGGGACUUCCGUCAGAUGGCGCCCGUCGUUGAGAAGGCUCGCACACCAGCUGAUGUCGCGUGCGUGUCACUUCGGGCGUCACAUCUGUGGCGACUGUUCACACUAUUUUCCCUGACGACACCCCAGAGAACUAGUGGUUCCAUUGACUACUCCAACUUCCUCCUUGGAGUAGGCAAUGGAACAAUAAAAUCCUUUACUUUUUGGAGAAGGCCGCGAGAGAGAGUCUCUCUCAUUCCCCUCACUGGGGUGAGAUGCCUCACUUCUCUCGCGGACUUAAUAACGGAUGCGUUUCCUCCUGGUGUUCUGCGAGAUCCUGAUCUUUGUGCGAGACGGGCAAUACUCUCAACUCUGAAUGUGAACGUCAAGGAGAUCAACGGUCGCAUCCUAGACCUCAUGGACGGGCGCAUUCAUGAGUUGAGAAGCGCGGACACCGUGGACAGAGAAGACGACGACGGGCUGGAUGUGGACGUAAAUCUCCUCAACCAGGCCACUGGCAAAGGAGUGCCAGUAUCACGUCCUGCGUCUCAAGGUUCGCGUUUGCCGAAGGAUCGCCGCUCCGGGUUUGUCGCCGUCAGUUCCCCCUCAUGUUGGCGUUACUGCAUGACUGGUCACAAGAGCCAAGGCCAGACAAUUGAGUACGUCGGAGUCGACCUGAGAACGGACUGCUUCACUCAUGGCCAGCUCUACGUCCUGUUGAGCAGAGUGAGACGUCCAGACGACAUCGUCGUUCUUGUACCAGACGACAGAAUAGUAGAAGGAGUCGCCUAUGCAAAGAAUAUUGUAUAUGACGAGCUCCUUCUAAACACUGAUUAA